AUGGAUCCUGCGCUUGUCACAAUAUUAUUGCUGUUCUAUGCGGCUGCUUUCGCAACAGGAAGAACUGUAUCUGGCGAGGCGGAAACGGGGCCAAGUGCUUUGACAGCACGUGUAAAGCGAGAAAUUCCUCUGAAGCCGUGGGAGCAACAAAGGAACAAUUUUUUACCUGGCGGCCACCGAAGUCCUUGGCCUAACAAUCAACCGCAGCCAUGGAAUAGUAAUAGCGGUCAUCAGCAUUUUCCAUGGAUCGACGGUGUUUAUAGCCAGCAGCAGCCAUGGAGUGGUAGUGUAGGCAGUGGCAGUAGCCAACAACAACCAUGGAACGGUGGGGGCGGCAAUCAGCAGCAACCAUGGAGUGGCGGCAACAACCAACAACGGUUCUGGGGCGCUGGUGUCAGCCAGCAACAACCAUGGGGUACCAGUGGCAACCAACAACAGCAAUGGCCGUGGAGUGUUGGUAGCAACCCGCAGCAGCCGUGGCGGAACGGCUACAAUCAACAGCAGUUGUUGGGUCCUGGUAACAACCAGCAGCAACCGCAGGGGAGCGGUGCUCAUCAGCAACAACCGUGGGGUGGUGCAAGCAACCAGCAGCAAUUUUGGGGCCCAGGCUACAAUCAGCUGCAGCCAUGGGGAUCAGCUAACAACCAGCUGCAACCUUUAAGUGCUGGUAACCAUCAAUAUCAACCAUGGGGCCCUGGAAACAAUCAGCAGCUGCCGUGGGGUUUUGGUAGCAGCCAACAACAGCCGUGGAAUGGUGGAUAUAACCAGCAACAGCAACAACGGUGGACUGCUGGUUCUGGAAAUCAGCCAUACGGUGAUUAUAAACCGUGGGAAGCCUUUGCCAACAGCAGCCCGCCACCAUGGAACCAAAACAGCGGUUGGAAUAGUGGAUAUAAUUCGGCUGGUCAAAACAAAACUCCGUGGGACAGUGGUUGUGCCUGUUGCAACCCAUGGAGCAGUAAUCCAUAUUACGGCAACGGAUGCUAA